AUGGAGUUUAAACUGGCCGGUCUCACUAGCUCUGCAGAAUUACAGACACUUCUCUUUGGGGUAUUUGCAUUCAUCUAUUCUACUGCUUUAGCUAAUAACCUCAUCCUCAUCUUUACCAUAUGCACUUCCAGGAAACUCCACACUCCCAUGUACUUCCUGCUCAUCAAUUUGUCCCUUGUGAAUGUAUUUUCUAUCUCAAUUACAACUCCAAAGUUGCUCCAGACUCUUUGGACCCACAGAAACACCAUCUCCUUUUAUGGCUGCAUUACACAGAUGUAUCUAUUCCUAGUGGCUUUGGGAACAGAGCUUUUUCUCCUCUCGUUUAUGGCUUUUGACCGCUAUGCUGCUAUCUGCCAUCCUUUGCAGUACACAGUCAUCAUGAGGAAGGAAGUGUGUGUUGCCAUAGCCAUUGCAGUAUGGGCUGCUGGGAUUAUCAAUUCUUCUGUUCAUACUGGACUUGUGCUGCAGCUGUCUUUCUGUAAUUCUAACAUCAUCGAUCAUUUCUACUGUGAUCUUCCCCCAGUUAUAAAGCUGUCAUGCUCUGACACCAGCCUGAAUGAGAUGAUGACUUUUGUGGCAGAUGUGUUUUAUGGUAUUUGUACCUGUGGGUUGACUAUAACAUCUUACUGCUUUAUCCUGAGAGCUAUCUUCAGAAUCCGUUCCACUGAAGGGAAGAAGAAAGCUUUCUCCACAUGUUCCUCCCAUCUCAUUGUAGUGAGUUUUUUCUUCUCUUCAGUCAUUUACACAUAUACAGAGUUCAACCCUAGAAUGCUGUAUCAGUGGAUGAGAAAUGGGCAACCCAACAUCCCCAAGAAGAACGAACCGAAUCUGUUGGUUGACUCUCUUCGGUGCCAGGCUAUCCUCCUGGGGUCCCCACACCACACCACUCUCCGCGUGGAAGGAGGAUGUCUGACCGUAGCAGACAACCUGAAGCCCAACGCUUCCUUAUAA